UCUUGUGAACGAACCCUUCGCUCUAACUUAACCGUUACACCUUCGUACACCGUGAAAGUUUACUAAAAGUAUUCUUUACAAAUUCUACUUAAUAUUCGUUUUAAACAAUUUUAAAACAAAUUGUUUUGCUUCACUUGUUUUAAAUUUAACGAACUUAUGAAAAACAAAUUGGGAGGAAACUUUGAAGGCAGUGAGAAGUUUUCCGGUGAUCUACCGGUCAAAGUACGCCAACAAGCACCGAAACCCCGUCGUGAAUCCAUGGCUCCUAAAAUUGUCGUGUGUCCACCAGUUGAAGAAAUGUCUGAACCAAUUACACCGCCUCGUGGAUCCCGCCUGCUGAAAGCUUUGAGCCGGCGGCUCUCUCGCCGCACCGAGGAAGACUCCAUGGAAAGCUCGAGCAGCAACGAAAGUAUGUCUUACGACGCCGGUCGCAGUGAUGAUCCCUCAUCCUGCUCAACUAGCGACUCCGGCAGCGAAGAAUCCGAACGUCGCCGUCGACACAGAUCAACAGUUUCUCUUAGACGUGUAUUUCAACAUCUUAAUCUAUCGAGCCGAUCGCAAUCUUGUUCUCCGACCGAACGUCAUCGCCAACCAAAGAAGCAAUCUCAGCCAAAACGCAUCCUGAGGCCACCGAUCACCUACACGUACGUUCGAGGAUUAUCUGGCCUACCAACCCAAAGAGUUCCCCGUCACACAGUUUGCUGCGCAUCCAUGGGGCUCAACCGAUAAAAAGGGUAACCAUCGAUAUGUGGAUCCAAGACCUAGAAUGGAGAUCAAGACUGUUAAUGUAUAGAGAUAUAGUCUUAAAGUGCUAGCACGACUUUAUCAUAUCAGUAGAAAGACAGGUUGUUAAGAAGCCUGGGUAAAGAAGUCACCAAGGACCAAGUUUCAGCGAGUAUGAAUACAAACAUUUUGUAGGCUGUACUUGUGUGAAAUCGUCUAAUUAAGAUAAAAUCUAUAAGACUGGACCGAUUGGAAAAUAACUGCCACAAAUUCUUACUUCAUAUUUUAUGUAUUUUUCGGCUCUAAUAUCAACGCAAGCCAUACGUGGCAAUCGAGAUUGUAAAAAUUGUAUUCAUUGAUUUUUAAUUGUCUGUUAAUUGGAUAAAUUUAUGUAUGGAUCGAAAUCUGGGCUAUAACUAUACGCUAGUUAUGUGUAAGUCAAGAAUAGUGCCUUUCCACAUAUUGACAAUUUUAAUGUAUACCUACUAGAUAAGGAAAAUUAUCUUCUACCAUGCAUUCAGGAUAAUUUGUCUUUUCAUAGAUUAGAGAAAUUUACAAAUUCAAUACACCACAUGUUUUCAUAGUUUCUAUUGUAUUGUUCACACUAUUCAGUACUUUCUAGACACUUAAAAUACAUAAUUAUAUUAUAAUGACAGUAAUUAUAUAUUGUAACUGCAAGAAAUAACCAGGGUGGUCGUGAUAUUGUGAAAAUCUGAAAUCGAUGAUUGCAAAAGUUGUAAGAGAUUAGCUUUAGAAAUAAGAUUUCUUCUGAAUAAUUGCUGAUUCAAAUCGUUGCAACAUACUAAAUAGAAUUUAAGAUAUAUGUAGAUAGACUAAAUAUUAACAAUUUUAGCAUAAGAUUUUUAUUGUAAUAUUAGGUUUCAUAUGAAAAUAAAAAAUGAUAAUGAAUA